GAAAAUUGUGAAGGGAGAGAGGGAGAAAAGUUGUCGAGAAGGCGCUGCCUGAUGAAAGCCGGGUAUGGGCCUCUUGCAGGGGCGCCCCAGGUCACUGAGCGCCGGCGGGGUGGGGGCAUGGGGGCGGCAUGGCGGGGGCGGAGGAGGGGAGCCUUCUUAGAACCAUCCCGGCGCGCCUUCCUUCUCUGCCUCCUGCGGGCGAGGAGCUCCCUUUGGCCGAGGACCGAGGCUGGCCCCCCCGCCCCUCCCCCAGGACUGGAGGCCUUCCUGCGUGGGCGCCUCGCUCACCGCACACUCCUGGAAGCAACGCUUAACCCUUCAUUUCCUGGCUGACAGCUUCUGGGAGGGCAAGGCUGUCCCCAGGAGGGAGACAGAGCGGGUGACGUGGGGACCACUGAAGGGAUUAAGGAGCAAGAAGCACGGUUGAAGGGACGCACCCAAGCCGAGACAGCCUGGGCCUGGCGAGGUGGCUGCGUGCGUGCGACAGGGGUUGCCACUGGUGCUGGGCUGUUUGCGCUUGCACGGCUGGGGUUUUCCGGGGUGAGUUGUCCAUUUCUGGCAACUAUCCACCCUCCUCCCCCCAAAGAAAAAAGGGAACCUGGGUGAUUGCUUUGAUCCACCUUCCUCAGGGGCCUGGGGCCUAGAGAGACCCGUGCCCACCCCGGGGACCUCGGGUCGCCUCUGGUUGCCAGGAGGAGCCAGGAGUCCAGGGAAGUCCCUAGGCUCCGCCCCUUACUCGGAUGGGCCUUUGCGGCAAAUGCUCCGCUCCCAGUGACCUCGGUUGGGAGCCACAGCGGGGCUGGGAGUAUUCACUGCCCUUCCGCAGGGACCAGAGGCGGAUGUCGAGGGAAGGUGGCGGCUUGGGCGGCCCCUGCCUCUGAGUGGCUCAGCAGGCACUCAGCGGGCGCCAGCACCAAGGACAGGGCCGGGGCCUCCACAGCCUGCCCUCCUCGCCCUCCCUCCUCUGACACGGUCCCAGGGCCUCUGGAGGCGCUGCGGGCGGCCGCCCUCAGGCUGCUGAGGAUAUGGGGAGGGCUCCCGAGGCUCAUUCAAGAGCCAGAAAAGCCCAGGGCCUGCGAAGAGGUAAUUACAGCAAGGAGGCCUCCUGGGUACCAUUCCAGAGUGGGCCUUCUGUCCUGCGCCUGUCACUUACUCAACUUGGAGCAUGGCUGAUGGCGCAUCGGUGAAAUGGAGAGAUUAUCGGGCUCUUUGGUGUCUAGGGAUGAACUAAGCACUGUAGUGGCCAGAGAAAAUGCCAUCUUCCCUGGCUGGUUGAGCCCUGUUGCCUCUCCCCUGCAGCCUUCUUUGACACCUCUCUCCCAGCCACAUUCAGCCCUGGCCUAAGGCGCCUUCAUACCGAUGUGUGGCAGUUGGAGGUGCCUUGCUGCUGAGGGCAGGGGCCCUGCUUGGUUUAUCUGCCCCCUCCCCCAUAUACGCAGAUGGUGGUCUGACCCAUGAUGCCUGUGCAAUUCGGAAGGAAGGAAGGCAUAAGUCACGCUCCUAUCCCUCCCAGAAGCGCCAGAGUGGUGGUGGUGGGGGGUGGGGGGCAGUAAAGAGAGGAAAACAUGUCAGUGGGCCAGAGCCACAGUGCUGAAUGCGAAACUGCAAUAUUAUUUUUCAGCCCUUGCAGGGUGGGGCUUCCCUCCUCUAGCCCAGCCCAGCCCAGAGCCUGCAAGUUUUGGUCGGUUGUCUCCCUGUGUUUAUUUAUUUCCACACUCCUGCUUGAUACUCUGUUAUAAAGACAAAUGGAACCUGACACGCAGCUGACAUUUGGUGAGGAAUUUUUUAUUUUUAAACAAGUGAAGGGGAAAAAGCCAUCUUGAAACUUUCUCUUAACAGAGACCCGUUUCCUCAGGAACCUACCAUUCCCUAAAUCCCUGCCUGCCACAGGCCCCUGCUCCUGGCACAAGGCACCGGCUUUAUAAACACAUCCCGUUUGUACCUCCACCCUUUGAUAAGCUGCAGCAUCUCUCCACGCUCUUUCAUAAAGCAGCGCGGUAUUUUCACAGGCUCAUGAAACAUUCAGGCAGCCUCAACAUCUUACUUUCUGCUGCCUCUCUGCAGCAGGCUGCUCCCUGAGCCAUCCCUGUCCUCUAUAACGUCCUGGGUCUAUCUCCCUGUCUCCCUGUCCGUCUAUCUCUUCCUCUCCCCGACUCUUUUUUUCUCCUGUGCUUUCUGAGUGGUGCAGAUGCUUAGUGUGUGAUUGCCUGCUUAUGUGACCCGUGAGGGUUGAGGACAGCUCUUGGUUAACAGUUGCAUGGCGGGCAUGCAAGGAGCAUUGCACACGUACAUAUGCUGUGCAUACCCGGCGGGGCCUGUUCUGGGUUGGGGACCCACAGACAGACGAGUCACCUCCCUUCAAGAAAUACCACGUGACACAGACUGAUUUGGUGUAUAAAAUAGACAUUUUUAAGUGCAAUGCACUUAGUAAAUUAGUUUGCUAUCACAGUUUCUCCAACACAUAGACUGACACCAAAACAUGCCUUAGAGGGAGGCUGGAAUAAUAAAGAGUAUAAAGUCUGUUAGUUUAUUUGUAGCUCAGGGCGAGCUCACAGUCUAUCAGUUGCAUUUUGAAAAGUGUGGCCAGGGUCUAGGUGGAAGGAGUCGUUCUGGAUGCGUCUUGCCUGGGUACCACGGGAGUCCCCCUCUUGGCCUGGGAAAGGACCAUCCACCAUCUUUAAUUUAGGGGCCUAGGGAUGUGCUCCACUGUGUGAUAGGACUCCUACAGAAAUUACAAGUGCUAAGUGGACAAGUAUGUUUUCUCCCAAAGCAAAGGCCACCUCUUGGGUGCAGGGAGCUUGGUGUCAUCAGGCCUCUGAUCCUGGCCCUUACCUGUAAGACACGUGGGGGCCUUGACUGUUCUGGUCAGGCCCAGGCGUCCUUCUGGUUUCUUCCUGGUCUCUAGACAGACCAGCAGCUAGAGGUGGUCUCCUUGCCCCUCCUCUCCCUCCUCACUGCUGCUGCCCCUGCCAACUCACUGCACUCGAAACAUUGACAAGGCUGUGGUAUCGAAGGCUCUGCAGUCAGGGGAAAGGGCAGAAGAACAAGGGAUGGGGUGCUCUCCUCUGUGGGGAGUGUUGCCCUUGUGGGUAGAGAAAGCUGCGGCUUGGGGAAGCUUUUUAGAAGUGAAAAGCAGUCUUCCCUUGGAUCUGUCUCCACUCCUUCCGUGUAGGUUGGGGCCAGGUCUCGUGGGUUCCACUUGAGAGGUGGGUUGUAACUUGCUGGCGUCAACUUGAGUUGGAGGUCCUCAGCCUCCGUGGUUUCCUCUUAGGACCAAGAGCCAAGCACUUGCUACUGCAAGUUUUCUUUUAAGGUUUAAUUAUUUGUGCUCAGAACAUAUUCCCAGCAGAAAAAAGAAAGAGGAAGAAUAUAUGUAUUUUUAGCAGGAAUUUACUUGCUUAUUGCUUUGGUUAGCGGCUGUGCUGAGAGCUUUCUCCCAAGACUCCAGAAGAACAGAGGCCUAGGCGGAGCAACUGCUCUGUACCUGGCCGUCUCCCUACUGGACCUACCGCUGGUCAUCAGCUCUGUAUGCGCAGGUCUCUGCUUGGCUAGCUGCUCCAUAUUUGGGGAGGUGAGCCCACCCUUCCUUGAACGCUGGGCUGUGAGUGGAAGCCAGCUGGCGAGGAAGGUGGCCGGGUAUGUCUAUUUUAGCCCUUUUAGAAAAUAAUCCCAUUUGCAGGCAAGGAAACUGCCUGAGCAUAGAAAGCUGCCACCAGCCCCUGAACAGUUUCAAGUCCUUGUUUGGGGGCCCGGUUGAGAUCAUAACAUGUAUCUUUUGUGCCAGAGAGAAGAAUCCUGUGUGCCAAGGCAUCUUGUCUUGCUCCAAAAUUCUCCCUCCAUCAAAACAAACAAACAAAGGUAACCCGGAUCUCCAGAUCAGAUUCUCUUCUGCAGGGCCACCAAUACAGUAGCGGAGGCAGUGUACCACGCAAACAAAGGGCACAUUCAGAGUUCUGCCCUUGAGCAGCCUGAACACCAUGGACUGCAGUCCUUCUCAUCCACGUCUCCUUGUCUAUGACACCAGGUGAGACUCAGGGAUGAAGAUGGCAGGAAUGGUGUCCCUGGAAUCCAGGUGCUUCUCCUGCCCUUGCUCUCAUCCUGCAGUUCACAUCCUUGGACACCAAGCAAAUGCCGAUUCCUGGGCCAGGCUCAUGUCUCUGGAUCGUUUGCUUUUAGGCAACGGUCAUGAGAACAUGGAGGAGCAGGCUAUCCUCAGCAAUGAGAUUUUUGAUGGAAAAAUGGGAACCUCUUUUGGAGCCAAAGGACAUAGGGUUUCCUUGUAUUAGGAAGGUCCACAAUUUGGAGAAAGAUUUAAAGCAAGUACAAACACCCUGGUACCUUUAGAAAUCAUUUCUCACUAAACUUUCAUAGCUCCAAACUCUUAAUGCAAAUUAGAGGUUUCUCUCCUGGAUUACAUCAAAAACAACUCCUAUUUUUCUGGAACUUUUGAGGGCUGGGGGGCUGGCUGAAGCUCCAGGGUCUGUUCCUAAGAGCUUCUGGGCACCUUGGAAUCAAGCACCUGCUGGUGACCUCUUCUUCCCCACCCCACCCCAGCCCACCCCACUUUUUAAAAAGCAAUGGCAAGAAGGGCUUUGUAGCUUUUUGUUUUCAGCAGCGAGGUGUGAGGAUGACUUCUUAAUGUAUCAUCUGGGAGAGCCACACACACUGGUAUGUCCCGACGUUACCCGUCACCUUGAGAUCCGAGCAAAAAAAGGAAACCCAGAAUAUGCUUCAAACUGGGUGCGUGCACAGGCUCCUGGUGGGCUCUGCAAAGCCUAAUGACUUGGUGUUGACACCUGCCCUUCACCCUGGAGGUGUGGCUGAGUCUUCACUCAGUUAGUUAGUUUCCUUAUUCAUGGGAGGUUCUGAGGUUGUACAUCUUGGCAGCUCCCCACUCCCAUCAAGCUGAUUCUUACAAGAAUCACCCUUUGCCCAUGGGCACACACAGUUACAUGCACAUUGAAAUGGAAGUGACUUCUGAGCAAGGCGGUAUGUCAGUUACCUUUCUGAGCUCUUAAAGCCCAUCAGGGCUGGCCGCACAACCUGUGGGUGUGGUGAGUGGAUUCGGCCUGCACCUGCUGGCUGGUGGGCAGGCUCUGUGCAGGGACAGCCUGAGGCCAGAGCUGACCUCUGAUGGUGGCAGGGUUGCCUGCAGCAUACCGCUGGGGAGGGUGUGCACCCUUCCCAGCCUUGUCACCCAGGGCAGGCUCUGGAACCUCAGUUUACCCUGCUGAGAAGCAGGGACUGCUGCGUGGAUCAGGCAAUCUAUGUAAAGCCGCUGAUGUGGUGAGUGGGACCCUUCCCUGGGGCUAUCCACCUAGUAGAGGAACAAGCAUGUUGCUAGGGUUAGGAAGGGUCAGGGUUAAGGAGUGGAUCCAAACUGUUCCCUGUGAGUAUAAUUAUGAUGCUGCUUUAAUAGAGCUCUGCUUUAAAAGAUAAACUUGCAGAUGCAAGGAUGGAAACAACCCUUAGCAUGUCUCUAUAGAGAGGUUGGGGUCUGAGGGGAUCCUCACUCUCUUGGGUGGCCUGGAAGGGCUCCCUGGAGCAGCCCCCAGCAGCUCAUGUCCUUAGGAACACCCCGAAGCCAGGCAGAAAGAAGUGAGGUCCUGUCUGUGGGGCCGUGGACUCGGUUGUUACCCUGGUCAGGCCAUCCAGGGGAUAACGGGGCUCCUGCCUGUGCUGUGUCCCCUCAGUGGGCCCAGUGUGCUCUCCCCAUGCCUCCACUGCCAGCGGGGUGUCAAGAGUACCACAAAGAGGCCAGGGCAGGGUGUCUCACGUCUAUAAUCCCAGCACUUUGGGAGGCCGAGGCAGGGAAUCACCUGAGGUCAGGAGCUCAAGCCCAGCCUGGUCAACAUGGUGAAACCCCGUCUAUACUAAAAGUACAAAAAACUCGCUGGGUAUGAUGGUGCACACCUAUAAUCCCAGCUGCUCAGGAGGCUGAGGCAGGAGAAUCACUUGAACCUGGGAGGUGUAGGUUGCAGUGAGCCAAGAUCAUACCGCUGCACUCCAGUCUGGGCAACAGAGCAAGACUCCGUCUAAAAAAAAAAAAAAAAAAGAGUAGCACAAGGAGAGAGGGGCACUGCAGCAGAUCCUCUUGCUUUUGCAAAGGGAGUGGCAUUGGAUCAUCAGAGAUGAAGCUCCAGACCAUGCCAGCUGGAUUUCCCAUGAGGGAGAGGAAAGGAAGCAGGAUCAUGGCCUCCCUCCCCCAGCCCUUCCCGGGCUCCUCUGAGCCUAUAGUUUGCUGCCACAUUGCUUACCGCGCAGGCUGAGGGAUUCCGGCUCACCCCUGCCUUCCAUGUGGAUAUGUUUUUGGAUCUCAGUUCUCAACCCAUGAAAAACCGAAGCACAGCUUUGCAAAGCCCACUAGAAAAUAAAAACAAAGUGUGUGCUUUUAUUCUUUCUGGAGUACUGACUAUCAUUGAUGUCACGCCAUUAGGCACAGCUGGGGGCCCCACGGCAGGGACAGGUGAAGUGGAACUAGAGACCCGAGGGGUUGCUUCCACAGGCUCCUUGUAGACCUGGGACGGGGCAUGUGGUUCACCGGCCUCCCUGGCUGCGUGCCCCCAGCUGCUGGGGAGAAGACUGACAGUGGUUGAUUGUGUUCCUCGCAGGGGUGCUAUCCAAGGGUACAUUAUUCAAGUAUUUUGGAAUCUUAGCAGAAAAGAGAAGAAAUUUAAGGUGAGAAUUACUGUUGUCAGUGGCGUAACAUUAUAAUCAACACUCCCAGACAGCCAAUGCUGUGUCGAGCUUUAUCGUCCAGAAGUCUGUUUGAUAUCUUGACAGCUGGGAACCUUCAGCUGAUGGCCAAAGGGCGGGAGGGAGAGCAGGUGGACGAUGGCCUGUGUUUGAUGGGGGAGCCUGUUACCCUUUUCCUUACCAUUAAAGCCUUGUGACGUUGUCUGGGACAACUUUAUGGGACGAUUAAAGGCCGUCUUCCAGCGGGUACAUUUUUCUUUCUCACUGGCAGAUCUCAUCCUAGGACAGCUGAGAAGGAUAUACCUAGAAUCUGCAUGCUUUUAACUCUGUCAGCAUCCCCGGGCCACGGACAGGAGACUUUCUGCAGAUCUGCACUUUGUGUUGGAAAAUACGUCUGCUUGUGUGUGUGCAUCGGCAGCAUUGCCAUAACCAGCAUUCACUUUCCUGACUUGCCCAGGCUGCAGCAUGCAAGAUGAGUGUAGCAUGGGUACCUCCCCGCCUCUUGGACUUUUAAAAUAGAGCCGUCUCUCCAGAACAGACGGGCACAACUAAGGCCAGGUCACUGAUAACAGUAUCAGUAUCUACAUGCUAAAGACGCAGCCCGCCCCCUUCCCAUGGGGUUCUUUCCUUGGCAGAAGUCACCAAGGAGGCUGACUUUGGGAGAAGUAAUUUCUCCCCCUUCCGGAUAUGUUUUGCUUAAAACCUAAGAAGAAAACUCACAAGACCAGACUAGGAAAAUUUCAGCCCCCAAGGAUAAUUUUUCAGAAAGUAAUGAGCACUGGAAAAUGAGGGCUAUAAAGGAAGUCUUUAGGUAAUAAUCAUAACUAUAAUGUUCACCACUUUGAAGUGCAUUAAUAUAUACUAAAAUUACAGAAAAUAUUAAGUCUGCUGCAGGGGAAGGGGGCGUGCUUUGGAGCUUGUGGCUAAACCUCCUGGACCAGCUCUGUUCUCCGGGCCACAGCUGGGGCUAUGUGGCCCCUGGCCUGUCCCUGCCCUCACAGAGACACCCACCCUAAGCGAGGAUCCUGUGCCCCUAGCUGGGGUCCAGUUGCAGACACCGUGAAUGCGGGAUGGAGAAGCAGUACCCCCUGCAGCGGGCUCCUUUUGGGGCUGUGAUGUUUUAUAGCCUGGCAAGGGAAUGCCAAGACUCCCUGAGGGUCUGGCUCACUUUAUCAGGGUCCUGCUGCUUGAGAGCAGGAGCCUGGGAGGCGAGGUGUGUAGACACCCCAGCCGGGGCCCCUCGAGGCUGCAGUCGGGCUGAGGCAUUCAUUCCUCUGCAGGGGCCCCGGGGCGGGAGUAGCGGGAGCAUGGCCAUGUCGGCUGCCUGCUUUCUCCUGCUGCCUGGCUCUCUCUGUUCCCCUCCUGACCCCCUUCUGCCUCUCCUGCGUUCCCCUUCCUCACUCCCCUCCUUCACCUUCAGAGCCAGCGGACUUCUCCAGGCUGCACGCAGGCGAGGGGCUGGCAAUUGCAGGUCAAGCAGGCUCAGCUCGGAGCAGUGGGAGGAAAGAUUUACGGUUCCUCCCUGCCCUGCUUGAUGGACAAUUAAAGCCGUGCACGGUUGGAGGAGAGCAGUGUCGUGAAGAGUCAGGAUGGUCAGAAUAAAUCAGUCACCUCCACUUAGACGGCUGAGCUAGACUGCUUCCCGGGGCCUUCGAGGUGGGAGCCCCCUGGGGUGUGGAUUUGAAGGUUCCUGAAUGGACUGUUCAAGGGUUUGACAUACUCUGAGCUCCAUCAGAGUCAGAGCCUGAAGACCCCAGGGGUCUCCUCACAAAUGGGGCAUGUGCUGUAGGGAAUUAAGGGAAAAUUCUGGAUAAUGUGUUUAGAGGGCAUUUUGUCUCCAUGGUAUCUGGCAUCUGCAAGAGCCUCAAACCUGAAUGUUUGGAAGUCAGGAUAGUGGACCCCCACCUGCAAGCAGAGCGUGUGCACACAUGUGCUUGUGCACAUGUAUGUGUGCACAGGUGCGUGCAUAUCAGUGCACACAUGUGCACAUGUGUAGAUUGUACAUGCAUGUGCCUGUGGGUAGAGUGUGUACACAGGCAUGCAUGUGCAUCCUGUAUGUGUGCAUGUGUGUGCAUGUAUGUGCACGUGCACAAGUGUGUUUCUGCAUUGGUGUGUGUACCCACAUGUACCUGUGUGCAUGCAUGAGCAUAUGUGUGUGUCAUACAUGUGUGAGCACAUGUGUGUGUCAUGUAUGGGUACUGGUGCUUGCCUCUUGGACAUCGCAGGCUCCACUUGUGUCUUUAAACACACACGCCCCUCUGCAAGGCUGCCGGGAGCUGGGCUUCUGAGCAUCCGCCAAGCCCUGCGGCCGUCCUUCUUCAUUUGUUCUGUGUGUUAUUUCAGUACCUUGAAGACUCCGGCAAUUUCCUCAAGGAAACUUUGUCUUUGUGGAAAUGAGAUGCCAGCACUCCUCGGCCCUCCCACUGGCUAAUUGAUGAUACGAUCCCGCGUGGGAGACUUGCCAUUCCUGGAAACGCUCUUUAUUUCCUGGCCCCCCCCCAGCCCCCUGCCCGCCAUCGUCUGAUUUCUACGAGCUGCUGCACGUGAGGUGCAGGGCCAGGCAUUUGCUGUGACUCAGCCCAUGUGCCAGGCCUUUCAUUAACUUGGAUACUACAAUUAUGUGUGCCAAGAGACUGCGAGGGCCAUUUAGGAUUUUUCUCCCUUUAAGAAAAUAUUCCUUUUUCCCCAGCCAGGUAGCCCAGCCCUUUGCCUCUGCGGCUGUGGCCCAAGCACUCCUCAGCUCUCCCGGCACCAACCUGCAACAAACUCGGGGGGCUGUGGCUCCUCCAUGGUUCUGUCGGAGGUGCUCAGCGGGUGGUCAAGGCAGCCUGCCCUUGGGAGCCGCAGGAUGUGGCCUGCUGCGGCAGCUUCACGGUCACGGCACGAAUAGCAGCAUGCGUGCUUUUGUGCCUGUGUGAGCACAUGCACACCCCAUCGGCACACGCGAGGAUGACGUUUGGCACAGAACACCUGCUGCUGUGGCCUGCACAGAGAAGGGCUGACCCCAGGACAGCGGCUCCCAUUCGCCUCCACCAAGGCCAGCUGGACCCUUCAAGGGACCCUGAGAAUCUCUGAGUGUGGGCAGUGGGGUCAUGUCGUGCGGGGGUGGAGUUGCACGGGUCUCCUGUGCACCUACACACGCAUGCUGGCCAGCAUAUUAGUAUGUUCGCAGGGGUAGCCUGACCCUCUUCCCCCACUUAGGAGAUGUGUGCGUGGAAACUUGCCCCCGUGGGUGUCUUGGGAUGAAUAUUGGGGAUCCUGGUGGAUCUGGAUUGCAGAGUAGCUGGGCACUGUAAGAGUUCCUGUAAAUGUUGGGUCUCCUGGGGAGGGGGAGGCAUGGAGCACUUCUCACUUCUGUGGGUGGGUGGAAGGUUGGGGAGGGGCCACACUGGCUCAAGGUCACCCCACAGGGAGCAACCUAAUCUGAGGACAGACCUGCCUGGGACUCUGUGGAACUGAGAGGAGACACUUGCUUCCCCCUUCCAAGGUCAUGAGAUUCUGGGGACACGGGCUGCCUUCCAUACGGUACCCACAAAGCUCAUUAAAAGCACCAUUCAGAGGCCUUGUUAUCUCAAAAAGGAAGGCAAGAGUCCAACCCACUAAGCACCAAAUAACAACUCAACAACUCAAAAACUUAUUUUUUUAAACUUCCUGGAGUUGCCAUGGUUACUUGCAUGGUCCCUGCGUCUCUGUUGCUCUACGUGGAGCUGCUUGGAGGAGGAAUUAAAGCCUCCAAGGUUCACCCCUUGGAAGGGUCUGUUUAUGCUCCUCUGUGGAGGAAAAGAGCUGGAGAAGGUAGGGAUCUUCCAGGACCAUGGGAUGUGAUUUUCCAACAUCGCACUUCGGAGAUGCUGGAGACAGAAUUUGUCUCCCACGCUAAAAUAAUUAUAGCCAGGAGAACAGAGAAUACAUCAUUCUAAGUUAAGGUCCUUAACAACGAGGAGGGUGUGUGCGCGUGUGCAUGUGUGUGCGCAUGUGUGCACAUGUGUGCAUGUAUGUGCAUGUGCAUGAGUGUGUGUGCAUGUGUGUGCGUGUGCAUGUGUGCAUGUGCACAGUCGUCUCUGCAUUGCCACCACCUUCCUCCUGGAGUGCUCUUUUGUACUGGCCACGUGUGUAAAGGCAGUGGCACCUGAGGCCCCUGCACCUGUUGGUCACCCUCCAGCAGGCAGCGCUCCUGCUUCUGUGGCUUGUGCCCAGGCAACGCUAUUGGAAGGCAGAUUUCUGCAGCAGGAUUUUGGGGAGAAUUGCUAGUGAGGGAUGGUGGAAAGAGGGUGGGUCAAGGAGGAAUAAAGAAGCCAAGACUCCUUCUGAUCAGGCUCCUCUCUGCUCUUCAGAUUGUGGGGUUCCAUCCUCCUACCUGCCGUGGCUCCAUGGGAAGUCCCAGGACCCAGAUGUGGCCCAUGCAGUCCAAAAAUUAGCUGCAAAGAGGAGAGUCCGUGCUGUGGGCCAGCUGUUUGCCCUAAAUGCCCCCUGCCUAGGGUCUGAUUGUUUCUCCCCCAUGGGAUGGACAGAGUGGCAGGUCAUUUCCACUUUGGGGGCCCUGCAGCCCCAGUGGCUUUUGGGGGUGUCUGCUCCCUGCUGGCCACAGGGUGAGUCUGUCCUCCCUCCUGGGAAAGGCAGGAGCCAACCCCUGCCUAUGGGGGGUACUUAGUAGGUGACCGUGGAUGCAGAGGCUGAAAUCAGGCAGUACCUUCUAAGUGUCGGGCUGUAGUGACAGGUGAGGAGGGCCUUCCCUGGCCCUUCUUGUCCAAGGUGGUCUCAACCUCUCCCUCUGUUUCCCACCUCACUAGGGCAUCCCUUCCUCCUGUCAGGCAGGGCAAAGUGCCCCCCAGCGCUCGUGCUGGGCCACAAGGCCACACACAGGACGACGGCAGAGGGCUCAUUCUUGGCCAGGGCUCUUGUUGUUUUCCCUUGUGCCUCCUCUUUCUGCCCUGGGUGGAGGCGGGCAGAAAGCCCUUCUACAAGUCUGUAGGAGGACUGUGUCUGUCUUGCCAUCUUACCCGGCCAACACUCUCUCAUUCCCAAUGCAAACCGGAGUCCCUGGAGCACAGCUGGGCUGGCAAGACCAGAUUCCCCAAUUUGAGGCCAGCCUUGCUUUUCCACGGCUGGGAUAUUUUAGCAGCAAGACAGGAGGUGAUCUCAGGCUCCUGCAUCUCCUUUUUGGCAAACUCACGAGCUCGCAGUGUGAGGGCAGGUGCUUUCUCCAGGAAGCAUUUCAGGUGAAUGUGUGUGGCAGCCACGGAGGUCUCCCUUGUGAAGUCCUUUCUUACGUGUGGCCAGCAGGAGGGAGGCCUUGGCCAGGGGUGACCCCAGCAUUUCUCUUGCAGUGUCCUAGGAGGGGCGUGGCUCGUUAAGUAGACGGUGAAGGCCAACGGGAAGGUUUUGGAUCCUUCUAUCAACACGGAACAUAGCGAAGCCAUAGGUUAUCACUGGGUGUAUCUAAGGCGGUGAGCAAGUGGGACGUACUGACGUAGACAGGCACGCAGAGGACAUGAGAAGCAUCCACAAAGCCUCCCUCUGGGCCUGAUGUCAGCACCUGCUUCCCAUAGCACUUUCUGGGAGCUGUAAUCAGCACUGAGAAGGAAGAGCAAAAAAUCACAGAUCCUGGUGGGCGUCUGCAGCUCCAUCUCCCGUAUUGGGCUGUAAGUGCUUCGCAGGCAGGGGCUGCAGCUGAUCCAUGUCUUCCCAGAGCACCUAGCAUGGCUGUCUGCUCAUAGUCCAUUCUCAAUCAACAUUUGUUGAAUUCUGACAGCUGGUUGGGGGGCAGGGGCCUUUGUGGCUCAUUAGCUCUGUGGCCUGGCUGGGCCCACGGUGGGUGGCCCUGGUGGGUUUCCGUGCCUUGGUUAUUUCUGUCUCUAGAGGCUCCACUGAGAAGGGGUAGGAGGGUGUGCCGGAGGCCCUGGCCCACCCCUGGCUGGUGCUGGGCACACUCUCUGCCUGCUGAUCAGAGAGCCCCAGGGCCUGGGGGCAGAGGGCUGUCAGAGGAACAAGGACCCCGCUGAUCUGCAGGAAAGCCACUGUGGUUUCUGGCCCAGAGAGGAAAUGGGCCCUGGUUCUGCCCUGAGGGUUCAGUUGGGCUCUGCAUCAGCCCCAGGAGCUUCUUCCCCUCCUUCCUUGGAAGUGAACCUUGGAGCGUGUGCAAUUGUUUCCCAGAACCAGAGUCAGCUGCCAAAUAGAGCAGACUGCCUCUGAAAGGGGGGUCUCAGAUGUCUCUUUGAGCCACCCCUCUUUCCUGGGCUUGGAAUGAGGAGUAGAUAAGAGGGAGGAAAAAGUACCAGGAAGGUUCUGGAUUGCUCUAGAAGAUGCCAGAUAAUUCUGGAAGAUAUCCUGAGGCUCCUCCAGAUGUGUGACCCUGGGGCCAGCUGCAUCCUUCGGAGCGUAAUGUACCCCGUCCACAGGGGAGUACGCUCGUGAUUAUUGAUGCUAAUGGAAAACAGAAGUGGAAUGGAUAAUUCAAGAUGGCAGAUGAAUCAAUAUUAUUUAUAUUUAGCUUGUGAAUGCGCUGCAUAUUUCUCCGCUGGCAGAUUGGGCUUCACAAUUAUGUUUUGCAGAAUCCAAGAAUCUGCUGCCCACGGGCCAAGGGCUGCCACCUUGCUCUUCCUCUAGGAGGGUUUUUGGAAUGCAUAGGAGCCCCUCGUGACUUGGCGGCCGGCUUAGAGGGAGACGCCAGGUCCGUCCUCCCCUCUGCGCGGCUGGCAUGCCACUUCCCACAGGUCUCCCCGCUGCUAACACACUCCCUGCAGCAGGGGAUUGGUUAAAAGCGUUCAAGAGAGAAUGGCCUAUUCAUACACACGGUGGGUUUUAGGUAGCUGCUUUCCAUGGAUGUGGAAAGAGAUCCACAGUCCAUUUUCGUGGAAAAGAAAGACGGCAGAACCGUCAGGGUGAUUUAAUCCUAAAGCAUGUGGACCUGGUGCACUGUCUCAUCUUCAUCUGGUAUUCUCAGUGCUUAGCCCAGUGCCUGGCACAAAGCAGGUUCCCAGCGAGCGGUUGCUGAGUGAGCAUGUUCUUCGCUGGGGCACGGUGGGGCUCAGUGGGAGGAUCGAGUUCCUGGGCUGGGGACCCAAGUCUGCUCCAGGGAGCUGCGUGUCUGCGUGCCGGUUUCUUUCUGGCAAACUUGACCUUGCACCUUGGUGGCCCCAUUAUGGUCAGCCUCGGCACACCUGGAAAGUGGCUCCUUUCUCUCAAUACCGAUGGCUCUCCAGGCGGGGGUGGGGGUCAUUCCUCCUGUUACUCUAAGGGUGGGAUGGGAAGUGUCAUCCCAGGGAGGGGAUCAGCGUCUUCUGAGGGCGUGUCCUCAGGGCUCCGUUCUUGGUCAGCACUUGUGCCAAAUGUGGUCCAGUCUGGUCUCCUCUAUGGGGACCCAGUAAAUGCAAACCUUCUGGCCCUCUGUGUGGCACCCACAGGGGAUGGAGGAUAAGAGGAACCACACGUGAAAACUCAGAAAUUCCCAGUGGAGGCUUCUGAGGGUGGCUUCCGGGGCAUGCCGAGGGUGGGGAAGUGCUGAGUGGGUGCUUCCUUGUAUGUUCAGGGGUGCCCCUGGAAGGCCUCGCAGCUGCCUACACCCCCAGUCCCUGGACACCAGAACCUUUGACAUCCAAGUUUAAAAAAAUGGCCUCUGAUUUAUAAGGUGCCUUAUGUUAGACGUCACAUUGAUGUACAGUUCUGUAUUUAAAAAAUUGGCUCUGCUCACACUGCCCUCGAGGAAGAGUGCUGUUGGGUCCUGCAGUCCCAGGGACAGGAACAAGAACCUCAAGGUGCUGGGUUUGUGUGGCUCGAGUCCUCCCUGCGCAGGGGCCGGGCUGCACAGCCAGAUUUAGGCCCGGGUGGCCCUGGAGUGGACAGCUUCUGAAGUCAGCAUGUGGGAGGCAGAGCCUGGAGGGGGCUGGCUGUUGGUGUGAACAGGAGCAUCUGGGGACAGCAAGCCGUUUCCAUCUCUUUCUUUGCUAUGGCCUGAGGGCCCUCCAGAGGGUCAGGGCUGUGUCUUCCACUUCUUGUUUGUCCCUGCUGCCCCGCAGAGUGCCAUCUCCACAGCUCCAUGUGCGGAAUCUUCUAGAAGAAAGACCUUGUUUCUGGACUCACCCGUCAGUCUCGAAAGUUUCCAAGGGUUUUAAAGAACAUUCUAGCACCGUCUCAGCCCUUAGCUCUGAGAUUCUUCUACUUCCAGUGGAGAAGGUGGGUCAGGAGGACCCACCUCUCCACUCCCUGGCACAGAGUAGGAGCUUAAUCAAUGUUGUGAGAAUGCAGGAGGGACUGUCGCGCUGUCCUGAUGAGUCAGACAGAGGCAGGUUCAUUUUCCUCAAUUGCGUGCUUCCUCUGUAUCCCCUUGAACCUAAAAACAGCUAUCUCAGGAAGAGGGAGGAGAGCGAGUUUGACUGAUGGAUUCCCCAGGUGCCCAAACCCUUUGGUCCAAGUGCCUCCCACCCCCAGCAAGUGCCAGCGGGUUUUGGUUUCUGUCCUGGAGCCUGCUGGUGCCAUACUCUCUCAAUUUCCUCUCCUGGCCCUUGGGAGCAGGGAGAACAGACGUUGGGCCGCUGCAGAUGACCGACUGCCUGAGGCCAGGGCCUGAACUGGUGCCCAGUGUGCCCAUCGGGUUCCGUCGCUCCCCGACUCCUCUUGUCGUUUUCAAAAUCAAGACACAAAAAAGAAAACUAACAUUUGCAGGAGACACAACCACAUCACGAAGUUAUCUAAAGUGAGCAGAGGCCGCUCCGGUCCUCAGAAAUUAGAUUAUUUUAGAAUUUCAUUGAAUUAAGAAAGGAUUCCUCCCUCGGUGUUCCCAGAUCUCUGCCCCAUUCUCUGGCAGCCCCUUGCUCCACGCCCACCCUCCCAUGGCCGAUGAGAGAUUUUCUGGCGGUGUCAAGGCAAUGUGACCUGGUUCUGUAAUAAGGAGGAGGCUUAUUAGAAUUAAGGCCUAACAGCGUUAAAAAAGCAAUCUUUGCAAGAUUGAGGCCACAGGGGAAUUGUAAAUUCUCAGCAAAGACCUCAUUUAAGGAUUGGAAUAAAAACUCGGCAUGCAUGUACAGGCGUGCACACAUGACGCGCCCUCCAGAAACAGACUUAGUUUACAAAAAAAGAGCUGGGAGAAGGAGGAAGGAUUGGGAGCUGCCAGGGAAGGGCAGGUGGUGUCCGUCCUGGUGGGAUGUGGGGUCUCCUGGGGGUGUCUGCCUGCCAAGAGUGGGCUGUGGACACACAUGUUCCUCUCUUAGGGGUUUCUUCUGCACCUGCACCCCUCCCUGGAGCAGCUGCCACCCACUUCUGUCCCCCGAGAGUGGCAAGAGCCCAGUGUGGGCUGCCUUCCCUGAUUCCCACCUCCGAGCACUCAUGCUUUUCACCCAGUGGUUGCUGCCACUAAGCAGACUGUGGUUUGGGGUCUGCCAGGUCAGGAGUGCAGGGGGCCAUGGAAGCAGGGGUGUGGGGUAGUGGGUGUGCCAGGUUCCUUCUGGGCAGGGAGAAGGGGCAGGGGAGCACACGGCUGUGGGAUGAAGUCUAAGGUGCUGCCGUCAUAGAGAACAUUUGGGAUGCACCAGGACUGCUGUACAUUUUCCUGUCAAGGGCCCCAUGCUGCAGUGCCCAGUCUGAAACAGACAACAGCCUUGGUUUGGGCCUGCGGGGGCCACCUUGGGAGUGGCUAUCCCUGGGAGAGUCCUGGCAUCCUGAGCCCACAGUCCUGGGCUCAACUCAGUGGGAGAGGAGGGAGUGUGUUCACAGCGCAGGUGGGAGUGUGGGGAGGGAACCACUCCCUGCCCCAGCCUUCCCAGGGACAGGCAGUCCACGGGGUGACCUGGAAGGUCCCCAUGGAUCCAGCUCCAGUUGCCGACAGGGUGACCUGUUCAAUAACACUGCAUAAACGCACGUACACAUGCACACACUACACACAUGCACACCUGUCCACACACACAUGCACGCACCACAUAUGCACACGUGUGCACAUACUACACAUUCCACACAUAUCACACACUGCACACACCACACACGCACCCAUUUACAUAUGCACAUGUUCACACACCACACACAUACACAGGCAUGCAUAUGUGCACACACAACAAUACUCCACACCCCCCCCACAUACACAUGCAUAUAUGCAUCCACAGACGACAAUACUCCACACCCCACACACACAUGCAUGCAUGUGUGCACAUACGACAGUACUCCACACCCUGCAGACACACACACGUGCAUGCAUGCACACACGACAAUACUUCACAUCCCACACACACCACACACACACAUGCAUGCAUACGUGCACACAAAAUACUCCACCCCUGCACACACCCACACACAUACACAUACAUGCAUGUGUGCACACACUACAAUACUCCACACUCUACACACACACACUGCACAUACCACAUAUGUGCACACGUUUACAUAUGCCACACAUCACACGUGCACACCCCUCCACACACCCUCCACAUGUGCACACAUAGCUUUUAUUCCAUCCUCAUCAGGCUCCCAGAUAACCUCACACCAGCUUCCUGGACUUGCUCUCAAACCAGCAAUCUGUGCCCCAACCCUUGCCCCAGGCUCUGUUUUCAGGGGCUCCAAGCAAAGGCGGUGACCCUACAGAGAACACGAUACUGUUUGGGGCUGAAUUCCAGAGGGGACAGGAGGCCCAAGAGGAAGGAAAGACAGGGAUGGGCUGGGGGUUGGGGUGGCCGCCACCUUCUGCUGGGACCUUCGGCGCUGUGCCUGGCUUUUAUCACUUCAGGCUGUGCCUGGAACACAGUAGGUGCCCGAUAAAUGUGUACCAAGGAGUCUGGUGUCCAUCGGAUGGGCGCAGCCUGGCUGGGGGUUCUCCUUUUUGGUGCCAGGAUUGGUCCUGGCCAUGGUGUGUCUCCUGUCCCCAGGAAUUCCAGAGUGGCAGCGUGGCUGUGACAACACUCUGAGUUUUGAGAUGAAGGACGCCCCCGAGGCAGGUGGGCUCAUUCCAGCAGUGACUUCUGAAGCCUUGGCCCCCAGUGACACCUGUGCCAGGGGGGACACAUGGCAAUGGGUGCCGACCCCCGGGACCACGUGACUGCCAGGUUCAGGGGGCCUCUCUGGGAUCUCCCCUCGUGGAAACCUUUAUUCCCCCAUCCUGGCUCUUCUCCUGGACUCCUUGUUUCUGGAACAGUGAGCAGGCUUGGGAGGAAGGGGCAGCGACAGCUCCCUGCUCCCAGGGUCCCCGGCAGACACGGGAACUUCUCGUCCCUCAGAGGGCUGGGAAGCUGCUCACAGGCUUCUUUUGUGCUCCCGAGAGGUUGGAUGCUUGGGGAAUUCUGAGAAGUUGGCUGCAGUCUUGAGGCCCCUUCUUGGGGUUCAUUGAAGAUUUCUUUGAGAUUUGGGGUGGGGUCCAUGCUGGCUGUGUUUGAUAUUGUCCUCCUGGGCCUUGUGGUGAUGAGAACUCUUACCCCAGGGCUGAGCUGAUGUCCUUGCUUUCUCCUUUUCGUUCUGGUGAGAAAGGGGCCAUCUGAACGCCAGGAGGUGGACACGCAGCAUCCAGGGAGAAGGCAGGGGAAGAGGUCUGGUCUCUUGCUCCACUUUCGGUGCCAGGUGGCGAGAAUGAACUUCAAUGGUAUCCUGGAUUUUCCGCCUCCUUUCCAGGAGGAGCCCCAGCUGGGAUGUCCUGGGAGGCGGACUUCCCUAGACCUCAUCCCAGCCCCAGGAGACCCACAGGGAAGGCAAUUUACAUUUCAGGUCAUUAAAAAGUAAAAAAGCAACCCAAGGGGGCUGGGAAGGAAAUAACAGUCCCAAACUUGGCAACAAAUAGGUUGCAAUUUUUGGAAGAUUUUUUGUGUGAAGAAUGAGUUUCCAGCUCUGCAGGAAUAUCCAUGUGCCUUUUAAACAAGGGGCAAUUAUGUGCAAUCCAUCUUUGCUUUUGUGGGCUUCCUAGGAAGGAUUCUUGGAGUCUUUGCCUCCAUCUAGCCCCCUCCCUUUUAAAACGACAGUAAUGUGAAAGUUUCCAAAUAAUUGCUUGUCUCUUACCGCGUGCUAUCUUGGCGCGUGUCUGUCCCCUAUCAGGGCCUUGUCCCCUGGGGUUCUUAUCCUGGGUAUAGGAUGGAUGGGGAUGGUAAAGAAGUGUGUGGCCUGGGAGGUGGGGAGGCAGUGUUGGGGCAAAGCUAAGGCACACUGAGCAGCACAGGAAGCACCCCCAAAUGGGGCAUUUGUCUCCCGGUCCCCCACCGCCCCUGCAGUGCCCUCCAGGGAAUACAUGGGGGGUGGAGGGCACCUUCCCUGCUGCCUCUUCCUCCUCUUUCCUUUUCUUCUUCUUUUUAAAUCUGAGGGCUUCAUUUUCCAGAAUCUGUCAUUUUAUAUAAACCUCGCACUGAGGCACAUCCGUUCUCACUGCCAAAUCUCCACAUCAAACGCUGGUGUCCACCAUUGAACUGACAGCCCUCUCCAGCAUGCCCGGGCCUUGCCGAGACCUGGAAGGACAGACCCCCCCGUGGUGGGACGAUGCAGGCCAAACCCACGUGGGGGUAUUGGGGUAUGUGGAGGGUGUCAGGGUGCAUGUGACCCCUCUUCACUGCCGUUCUCCGGAGUCCCUUCCAGGGGGUCCCAGCUCCUCCCCGUGCAUUUCUGGUACAGCCCCCAGGGCCUCCCGGGGAAGCUCCAGGAGCCUGGGCAGGCAGCAGGGAGGAGAUUGGGAGGGAAGAGGCUACUCAUUCGGGCUGAAUCAUGUCCUCCCAAAAAGCCAUGUUGACGUCCUAACCUCCGGGACCUCAGAAUGUGACCUUAGAGACAGGGUCUUCUCAGAGGGGAUGGGGGGCCCUAAUCCAACAGGACUGGUGUCCUUAUCCGAAGGGUAAAUCAGGACACAGAGGCACAAACAGGGGACGGUGAUGUGGAGAGACGGAGAAGACAGCACUUGGCUGGGGUGAGCCAGCCACAGGCCACGGACACUCAGGAGAGCACCUAAAGCCAGGAGAGCCCUGGGGCGGAUUCUCGCUCAGAGCCCCCAGAAGAAGCCCACCUGCCGGAGUCCACACCCAGACUCAGACGGCAGCCUGCCACAGCAUGAGAGGAUCCAUGCUGUUGUUUGUGGCUGCCAGUGUGUAGUCCUGUGUUAUGGUAGCCCCAGUGCUAAUGCCCCCUCCCAGGCAGUUCCUUAAGUUCCCCACCCUUGAGCACUGCUAUGCCCUGAAAGAACUGUCCAAGCUCAGGACGGGGUCUCACUAUAUGGCCCAGGUCCAAGCUCAGGAUGGGGGUCUCACUAUAUGGCCCAGGUCCAAGCUCAGGAUGGGGUCUCACUAUAUGGCCCAGGUCCAAGCUCAGGAUGGGGUCUCACUAUAUGGCCCAGGUCCAGGCUUAGGAUGGGGUCUCACUAUAUGGCCCAGGUCCAAGCUCAGGAUGGGGUCUCGCUAUAUUGCCCAGGUCGAAGCUUAGGAUGGGGUCUCACUAUAUGGCCCAGGUCCAGGCUCAGGACGGGAUCUCGCUAUAUGGCCCAGGUCCAAGCUCAGGAUGGGGUCUCACUAUAUUGCCGAGGUCCAAGCUCAGGAUGGGUCUCGUUAUAUCACCCAGGUCCAAGCUCAGGACAGGUCUUCUGGGGGAGGGCCGUGCUUAAGGGUGGGGACACCUGCAGAGUGCUGUUCAUUUUUAGGGAAGCAAACAGCAGUGAAGGGGGUGUGGGGUGGGCCAUAGCUCAACAGAUCAAAGAGAAAUUGGCUUGCAAGGUUCUUCCUAACCUGGGGUGAGGGUGGUCAGUACCUUGGUCAACUAUUAUUUAUUUUCCUGGCUGCAGCAAGGUCUGUGCUUGGCUCCUGGAGUGGCAGGAGGAGGAUUUGAUGCCAAGCCUGCCCUCAGGAUGUUUUUUGGUCUUCAUGGUGGGAUGAAGCCCAGAAUGUCUCCUUGCACCCAGAGUCCCCGGGGGAGAGUAAGAUCAGUUAUCAAGUGCAUUAGAAAACACAUGAGAAAAUGCCCAGUCUUGGGCCUGGCUCACGUAAGGCUCAAAACCAUUUGUUUAUGAACAUUACUGUGAGCUCCAGAGCUGGAUCUGCAUGGUCCAGCUCCAGCAACUGCAUCCCACCUGGAAACUCCUAUGCAUGCCUCAAGACCCAACUCAGGCCAAGUAAGGUGGCUCAUGACUGCAAUCCCAGCACUUUGGGAGGCCAAGGUGGGAGGAUGGAUUGAGCUCAAGAGUUCAAGACCAGCAAUAUAGUGAGACCCCUUCUUUACAAAAACAUUUUUUAAAAAGAGCCAGGCAUGGUGGCAUGCCUCUGUGUCCCAGCUACGCAGGAAGCUGAGGUGGGAGGAUUGCUUGAGCCCAGGAGUUCAAGGUUGCAGUGAGCUAUGAUUGUGCCACUGCACUCCAGCCUGGGUGAGAGCCCAUCUCUAAAAAGAAAAAAGACCCAACUCAAAUGUUCCGUCCUCCCGUGAAGUAGCUCCAUCUGCUUCCCCAUGGGCUCCUUCAUCUAUUCUCCCACAGCCUUUCCCCCUGCCUCCAAGUGGGACCUCGAUCAAGGUCCUGUGAUUCCCUGGUUACAUACCUGCUCCCUUCCUAGGUGCCGCUUGGUCCGAAGCUUGUGGUCUGAAGCUUUCUGGCCAGCCUGCUGCUCCGUGGGGGGACCUCGCCUGGCUGAGUGACUUGGGCAGCUUGGGGCUGAGGGUCCUGGCUGAGUGGCUCCACUGUGUUUGUAGACGAUGCCGGUGUUCCCUGUUUAUUCUCACCAGCCGCCUUCUCCCAAACAGGAUUGGCCUGGCCAUCACAACAGAUAAGUCCAAGUUAGGAUGAAAACAGCAGGGGCUGGGGUCCCUAGCCUUGCUGGUGUCUACUGCAAAGGACACUGGACUGCAAGGUGGAGGUCUUGGGAUCAGGCUGCCGUGGACAUGCUAUGUAAGGUCAUGCUGCCUUGGCUCCAUGGAGCCUCUCCUGUGCAAUGUGGGCACCACUGCUGCCCCUUACAUUGCACAGGAAGGAUGCCAGCACCACAGUGACCGAGUGUGGAAAGGGGCUCUCGUGACCAGCCAUGCUCCCUUCUCCUCACACCACCUUCCUGUUCUCAGGGUUGCAGGGGUCUUGGAGAGUGGAGGCACCACAGGGUGGGUGGUCUAGGCCUUAAUGGUUCACCUUUCUGCCUUGCGCCCACCAGUUACUCGGGCUACAGACUUCUUGGGACCGGCCAGUUAUUGAGUCAAUUUCCAAUGGUCUUUCUUGGACCAGUUUCUGCAUCUGUAGCAGCAAAUCUAUUUUUUAUUUUACCUCCAGUGUGGAAUUUUUCCCAGUUAUUUUAAAUAAGUUUCAUUUAUUUGUGCCUGGAAUUCAGAUAAGUAUUACCAGACUUGCACAGAUGCAAAUUCAGAGUCAUAAAGGAAUAUCGACAGCAGUUGCAACCACAUCACCAUCUCUCAUGCAAUCAAAUGCCCUGGCUGCCGUCAGAGGAAAAUGUAGCAUUUGAAAAGCUGCAGGAGAAUACACUCUCCAACAAACAAGAUGGGCUCUCCAGAGAAACCCGGGAGAGGAUGCUUCUGAGAACUCUGCAGGGACAUUCGAAGCAGCUUCUGAUAUUUCUGAUUGAAAACAUAUGAAAAGAGAAAACCAAACCAAAGAUCUCACCAAGUAGCUCAAUUACAAGCCCUACCAGAAUGGAUUUAGCCACAUGGCUCUGUUGGGUUCUAGCUAAUCCUGGGAAGCGGGAUGAAGUUGAGGAACGUCUUCAUGCCCCUGGGGGAAGGGUGUACCAGUCAGUGACUGCUGCAUCACAAACACGCCCCAAAACGCUGUAGCUUGAAACAGCAGUUGUUGUUCUUGCUCAUGAGUCUAGGGGUCAUCUGGGCCCUUCUGCUGAACUGGGCCAUGCUUGGCUCAUCCCAGCUGGGCUUGCUGGGACCUCUGUGGUCAGCUGGCAGGGGGGCUGGAGGCCGCUGGACUUGAGACAGGUCCCUGCUUCUCCUGGCUCUUCCUUCUCCAGCAGGCUCACUCAGGCUUGCUCACACGUCCGUGCCUGGGUCCCGGGACAGAAAUGGAAGUGAGCAAGGCCUGCUGAGGCCCCACCUGGAAUGGGGGCACCCUCGUGUCUAGGACAUCUUUUGGUCUGGAGGCCAGCCCUGAUUCAAAGGGCAAGGAAGUAGACCCUGUCUCUUGGUGGAAGGAGCUACAAAGUCACAUUGCAAAGGGAAUGUUUCCAUGGACAUGUGAACAGUUGGGGCAUCUCUGCACUCAGUCCACACCAGUGGCAAGCCUCCAUGCUGGGAAUCACCCCAGUCUGAGGGCCCCAGCCUGGGAGAUGGGAAGGCUGGUUGGUGGAUGCGGGAGCUCAGCCGGGGGUCAGUGCCACCAGGACAAAUGAAGACUUGGUCAAAGAAGGCCUGUGUCCAGCUCCUCUCCUGUCCAGUCUCAGCUCACUGCUCGGCCCCACGGAGCCCAUCCUAACCUUUCACUUUCUCUUGUCUCUUGGCCCAUCAGGCUCAUCUGUCCACCCUGAGUUCAGAUCCUCUUGCUUCCUGGGCUCAUCCUCCCUACUGGCACUUUGCUGCUGGGAGUUCCUAGAGGCAUCAUCCUCUUUCUUCACUCUCCCUGGGCUGGACCAGGGCUCAGCCAAUACCCAAGUGCCAGCUCUUGCAGACCUCUCCUCCUGAAUAUUCCUAGACCUCCCCCAGGUCUUAAACAUUUUUAUUUUAUUUUAUUAUUUAUUUAUUUAUUUUUGAGAUGGAGUCUCGCUGUUGUCGCCCAGGCUGGAGUGCGAUGCUGUGAACUUGGCUCACUGCAACUUCUGCCUCCCAGGUUCAAGCAAUUCUCCUGCCUCAGCCUCCUGAGUAGCUGGGAUUACAGGCUCCUGCAACCAUACCCAGCUCAUUUUUCGUAUUUUUAGUAGAGAUGGGGUUUCACCGUGUUGGCCAGGCUGGUCUCAGACUACUGACCUUAGGUGAUGCACCCGCCUCAGCCUCCCAAAUUGCUGGGAUUACAGGCCUGAGCCAUCAUCUGGCCUUUUAAAAAUUUUUAAUCGUUUAUUUUUUUUAUUCCAAUGGGUUUCUGGGGAACAGGUGGUGUUUGGUUACAUGAACAAGCUUUUUAGUGGUGAUUUCUCAGAUUUUGGUGCUCCCAUCACCCCAGCAGUGUACGCUAUACCCAGUGUGUCGUCUUUUAUCUCUCACCACCCGCCACACUUUCCCCAGAGUCCCCAAAAUCCAAUGUAUCGGCUGGGCGCCGUGGCUCACGCUUGUAAUCCCAGCACUUUGGGAGGCUGAGGUGGGUAGAUCACGAGGUCGGGAGAUCGAGAGCAUCCUGGCUAACACGGUGAAAUCCCGUCUCUACUAAAAAUACGAAAAAGUAGCUGGGUGUGGUGACGGGUGCCUGUAGUCCCAGCUACUUGGGAGGCUAAGGCAGGAGAAUGGCGUGAACCCGGGAGGCGGAGCUUGCAGUGAGCUGAGAUUGUGCCACUGCACUCCAGCCUGGGCGACAGAGUGAGACUCCGUCUCAAAAAAAAAAAAAAAAAAAAAUCCAGUGUAUCAUUGUUAAUCUUUGUGUCCUCAUAGCUUAGCUCCCACAUAUGGGUGUGAACAUACGAUAUUUGGUUUUCCAUUCCUGAGUUACUUCACUUAGAAUAAUAGUCUCCAGUUCCAUCCACGUUGCUGUGAAUGCCAUUAUUUUGUUCCUUUUUAUGGCUGAGUAGUAUUCAUACACACACACACAUGUAUAUAUAACAUUUUCUUUAUUCACUCAUUGAUUUGAUGGGUAUUUGGCCUCGUUCCGUAUUUUUGUAAUUGUGGAUUGUGCUGCUAUAAACAUGCAUAAGCAAAUAUCUUUUUUUGUAUCAUGACUUAUUUUCCUCUGGGUAGAUACCUGGUAGUGGGACUGCUGGAUCAAAUGGUAGUUCUACUUAUAGUUCUUUAAGGAAUCUCCGCACUGUUUUCCAUAGUGGCUGUACUAGUUUAUAUUCCCACCAGCAGUGUCAAAGUGUUCCCUUUUCACAUCUGUGCCAACAUCUAUUAUUUUUUGAUUGGUUGGGUAUGGCCAUUCUUGCUGGAGUAAGGUGGUAUUGCAUUGUGGUUUUGAUUUGCAUUUCCCUGGUCAUUAGUGAUGUGGAGCAUUUUUCCAUAUGCUUGUUGGCCAUUUGUAUAUCUUCUUUUGAGAACUGUCUGUUCAUGUCCUUAGCCCCAGGCCUUUUGUGGUCCAUGCCCCUGCCUCCUCCUCUCCCAGCAUUCUCCAUUUUAGAGGACAGCAACCCCCCCCUCCACUCACUUUUUGUACAAGGCGGAGGCUGGGCUCCUCCCUCUGUGCUCUCCAUCCCCCGCCAUGUCCGCUUUCUAGGCACCCCCACACCUUGCCCAUCUCACCUCCUAAAGCCCUCAUUCUGUUCACUUCCCUCCUUUCCCAUGGCCACCACCUUCUCUGGCCUGGACCAUGGCCGCGGCCUCCUGCCUGGGUUCACAGGCUUUGGCUACUGAGUGGGAGGUGGAUUGGAGGGGAGCAUGGGCAGAGCAUCUUUUAAAAAUGCAAACAUGAUCAUAGUGCUUCAUGAAAUGCUACCAGAGCCACCGUACCUCCUGGCCGGUCCGUUCCUCUAGAGGUUGCACUCCUCUGGGCCUCAGGGCCUUUGCACAGGCAGCUCCUGCUUGGAGUGCCUCCUCUCCCUCUCCCCUUGACCUUGUCAUUGAUCCCAACCCAGUCUUCAGAGCUCAGCUCAAAUGUCACUCCCUUAAGGAAAGACUUCCUUAACUGUCCCCACUUAGGGGUCCCAGUUAGCUGCUCUUAUACCCCUACAUGCCCCCUGAAGUUCUGACCCCAGCUGAGUGCAGUCACUGUGGGGCACUGCGUGACAUCUGUCUGUCUUCUGUAAGGUCAGGGGCCCUUUGACCUGAGUCACCGUGGAGUCCCAGGACCUGCCGUGGCGCUCACUCUCUAAAGACUAAACAGUUGCAGAGACCAGUGAAUGAAAGUGUCAGGGCCUUUCACACACAUCAGCUUACUGCAUCCUCAAAGCAUCCCUGUGAAAGAGGACCCUGCUUUACCAGGAGGAAGCUGAGGCUUGGGGAGGCCAGGGUCAUGUGUCGAUGAAGAGCCACUGGGUCCACACUGCCUAGUCCCCAGCACUCCCUCCCCUGCAGCGCCCAGUGCUGACUUGGCGCGGCUUUCAUUGCUUGUUUUCCAUGUGUUUGGAUCUUUCAUCCUUGAUGUGGCCCCUUAGGAACGGGCUUGCCUGUCCCCUGCAGUGCCCUCAACAGCCUAUGAUGUGGCACAUCUGUGGGAAGCCCUGGCGGAAGUGGGCACCAGAGGCCCAUUGUGGGUCCCAGUGGUCCAUGGCUCUGGGAGGCUGAGACAGGCCUGAACGAGGCCCUCAGGAACCAGCAUCUAAACACAUCCCAUGGGCAAUCACACAGGGCAGGGCACUGCUAGCCACUCAGGUCCUUCCAGGAAUUGCAUUCUUUUUUUUUUUUUUUUUUUUGAGACGGAGUCUUGCUCUGUCUCCCAGGCUGGAGUGCAGUGGCGUGAUCAUGGCUCACUGUAGCCUCAACAUCCCAGGCUUCAGUAGCCUCCCACUUAGCUGGGACUACAGGCAUAUGCCACUAUGCCUAGCUAAUUUUGUAUUUUUUGUAGAGAUGAGGUCUUUCUCUGUUGCCAGGAUGGUCUCAAAUGUGUAGGCUCAAGCAAUCCUGUUGCCUCAGCCUCCCAAAGUGCUGGGAUUACAGGUGUGAGCCACUGCACCCGGUUGGAAUUGCAUCUCGAACAGAGAUUUAUUGAGAAGAGAAAGAUCUUGUCUUCCCCUUCCCCAAGUCAUCAGGGAUGGACAAAGAGAGGCUGUGGGGAGGUGGAGAAGGAGCACACACAGAGUGGAAGCGAGGCUGAAUGCCCACUUUUCCAGGGCCAGACACUUGCACACACACACAUACAUGUAGGGACAGGCACAGGCACACACACACAGGCAUAGGCACAUGCAUGCACACAGAUGCACACACAGGCACAUGCAUGCAUACACAGGCACGCACAGGCACAUACACGGGCAGGCACAUGCUUGCAUACACAGGCACGCACAGGCACAUACACGGGCAGGCACAUGCAUGCAUACACAGGCACAUACACGGGCAGGCGCAUGCUUGCAUACACAGGCACGCACAGGCACAUACACGGGCAGGCACAUGCUUGCAUACACAGGCACGCACAGGCACAUACAUGGCAGGCACAUGCAUGCAUGCAUACACAGGCACACACAGGCACAUACACGGGCAGGCACGUGCUUGCAUACACAGGCACACACAGGCACAUACACGGGCAGGCACGUGCUUGCAUACACAGGCACACACAGGCACAUACACGGGCAGGCACAUGCAUGCAUACACAGGCACCCACAGGCACAUACAUGGGCAGGCAGGUGCUUGCAUGCACAGGCACACACAGGCACAUACACGGGCAGGCAGAUGCUUGCAUACACAGGCACGCACAGGCACAUACACGGGCAGGCACAUGCUUGCAUACACAGGCACGCACAGGCACAUGCACGGCAGGCACAUGCAUGCAUACACAGGCACACACAGGCACAUACAUGGGAAGGCACGUGCAUGCAUACACAGGCACGCACAGGCACAUACACGGGCAGGCGCAUGCUUGCAUACACAGGCACGCACAGGCACAUACACGGGCAGGCACAUGCAUGCAUACACAGGCACGCACAGGCACAUACACGGGCAGGCACAUGCUUGCAUACACAGGCACGCACAGGCACAUACACGGGCAGGCAUGUGCUUGCAUACACAGGCACACACAGGCACAUACACGGGCAGGCACAUGCAUGCAUACACAGGCACCCACAGGCACAUACAUGGGCAGGCAGGUGCUUGCAUGCACAGGCACACACAGGCACAUACACGGGCAGGCAGAUGCUUGCAUACACAGGCACGCACAGGCACAUACACGGGCAGGCACAUGCUUGCAUAUACAGGCACGCACAGGCACAUGCACGGCAGGCACAUGCAUGCAUACACAGGCACACACAGGCACAUACAUGGGCAGGCACAUGCAUGCAUACACAGGCACGCACAGGCACAUACACAGGCAGGCACAUGCUUGCAUACACAGGCACGCACAGGCACACACAUGGGCAGGCAGGUGCUUGCAUACACAGGCACACACAGGCACAUACACGGGCAGGCACGUGCUUGCAUACACAGGCACACACAGGCAUGAGGGUGGCUUCAGCAGAGGGGCAACCUGGCCUCUGGGCUAACACGAUUCCCUAUGGUGGCCAAGUGGCUCUAGCUCCAUGGCAGAUGCUCCAUGGCAGUGUCUAUGAAAACCAUGCCAAAUCCCUCUGGGUCCAGCUUCCAAACUCCUUGGAACAGCAAGAGGUGCUCCCCUGCCAGGUCCGGAGCAGGUGGCACCUGCCCUCCUCCAGCCCCUGGCUGUGUGGGCACAAGUACAGCUCUCUUCUCUUCCUGCAACAGGAAACCAAGUGGAAACCUCCCGCCUAUCAAAUAAUGGGCAGAGCAUCCUCAGCCUCGGGGCAAGGCAGGCCAGGGAGUGUCUACACGGCCGUGGCCCUCUGUGUGGGGGUGUUUCUCUUGCCAUGGUUCACGUGUGCGUGGAAAUGGCAGCGGUGAGUGACGUAACGACUCUGACAGUCCCUCUGGCUUCAUUCCAUCUUCUUUCCUGCCUGAUGCUCUGGUGUCCAGGGCAUCCAGAUUGCAAUCUGGCCCAGCUAAGGGCAACCCCUGAAGGAGUGGUCAGAUCCACUUGAGCCCGAGGGGAAGUCUUCCUUCUUGUUUCUGCAAAAGCCCGGAGGCUUCCGUGACAACCUAAGUGCACUGGUGUUUUUUGUUUGUUUGUUUUGUUUUGAGAUGGAGUCUCGCUCUGUCGCCCAGGCUGGAGUGCAGUGGCGCGAUCUUGGCUCACUGCAAGCUCCACCUCCUGGGUUCAUGCCAUUCUCCUGCCUCAGCCUCCUGAGUAGCUGGGACUACAGGCACCCGCCACCACAGCUGGCUAGUUUUUUUUUUUAUUUUUUAUUUUUAUUUUUUGUAUUUUUAGUAGAGAUGGGGUUUCACCAUGUUAGUCAGGAUGGUCUCGAUCUCCUGACCUCGUGAUCUGCCUGCCUCGGGCUCCCAAAGUGCUGGGAUUACAGGCGUGAGCCACCGCACCUGGCCGCACUGGUGUUUUAUGAUCUGCAUUGGCCUGGGUUAGUGUCAUUGAGACAGACUCACUUUGGUCACAAAUAUUUGGUGUCUCUGCUCUGCCCAGCUGUGGAGCUCUCAUGUACCUCUGUGCCUUUCUUUGGCCAAUGACCAAAGUCAUUGAUAUGGGGCUGGAAGUCGUGUCUGCCAUGGGUUAGGAUGGAGUGUAUCCAUCCCUCUUUCCUCUCUGUCGUGACCACCAGGAAUGUUCCAGAAAGAGGUUGCUUUAUCAGCCUGGCCCCUUGUAUGAGGAGCAAGACGGACCCGUGAUAGGAAUGUAGCAUGAGCAAAAAAAUCUUUGCUCUAAAGAGUGACUGCGACUCGGCAGCUGUUUGUUACUGCAGCGGAACCUCCUCUCUCCUGGCUGAUCGAGGUGCCUCACUGAAGUCGUCUCUCAGCCUCUGGCAAUGGUUUAAUUCACUGAGCACCGCUGAACAGUCGUCUGUGCCCAGAGUGAUGGAAGCAAUAAGAAUGGGAUUGGGUUUUUGUCUUGGUCUAAUGGGGUUGCCUGUCUGGCUGGGGGGCUGUGCUUUAAACCUAUGAAAAGAUACGACAUGCUGUUGCUCGGGGUGGGAUGAGGGAGCUGUUGGCUGAUAGAUCAAGUCUGGAUAAUCCAAGAAGGGAGAGGGAGGAGAAGAAGGAGGAGGAGGAGGAGGAGGAGGAGGACGGGGGGAGGAGGAGGAGAUGGAGAUGAUAAUGAUGGUGGGACUGAGGCAGGGACUGGGUGGACUGCAGGUAAGACAAACCCUUAAGCAAAGCCGUGGUGGGAGGACGGAGCACAGAAGCCCAAGGGGCACUCAGGAGAUGGGGCUGGGAUGCCAAGUUCUCAGAGAUGAGAUUGGGAAGGUACCAGGCGCAGUUACCUCCGAGGGACCAGCUGAGUGCAGUCGCUGUGGCACCGGUUCCCAUUUUAGAGAUGACAACUGAGGGUGAAUGGCAGCCAGUGACUCCCCGACCCAGUGACUCCCCAACCCUACGACUCCCCCACCAUAGUGCGAGUGACCCCCCACCACAGCACCAGUGACGCCCCACCAUGGCGCCAGUAACUCCCCACGACAGUGCCAGUGACCCCCCCCCACCACAGCGCCAGUGACGCCCCCCACCACAGCCCCAGUGACUCCCCACCACGGCGCCAGUGACCCCCCCCGCCACGGCGCCAGUGACCCCCCCCCGCCACGGCCCCAGUGACUCCCCACCACGGCGCCAGUGACACCCCCACCACGGCGCCAGUGACUCCCCACCACGGCGCCAGUGACUCCCCACCAUAGCGCCAGGGACUUCCCCACCAUGGUGCCGAGUCUCAGUGGAUGCCUGAGCCACCUGACCACAUUCUGCUCCAUCUCCUGAUGGCUCCCAGCCUGUCCUCUCCAGCUCCUCCCAGCCCCGGAGCUUGUCUCCUCCUCUCCUUCAUCACUCGCACCUGCCGGAUGCUCUCCUCUCUACAGCCUCGCCUCAGCAUUGCUGACCCCUCUGCCCUGCCCCGAGCAGGUACCAGGGCCACGUUUUGUGGAGAUGGUCUGCAAGACAGAAUCUUCCUGAGUAUCCAAGGAAAAUGACCUGUGAAUAUCAAGGCCAAAAGGGGGGUGCAGUUCCUGGUUUUGGGGAGCAAACCGGCUGAUGUGAUGUUGCCUCCCAUGUGGGCUUUUCUGGUAGGAGCCAUGGGCUAGCGGCCGGCAGCAGAGCCAGCACCCGUGUCGACCGCAGCAUGCAUGUCAGACUGGGCUGCCUCGGGCUGGGGACAGGGAGCCCAGUCGGGUCUGUGCCUCCCCACAGGGCAGGACCAGACGAGGUUCCCCCAAAGAGCAUGGAGAACAAUUAGGCAAGGGCAGGAGUGGGAAGCAGAGCUGGGCAGGAAGAAAACAGCACAAAGGCCCGUCCUGUUCAGAAGGGAAGAGGGAACGUGAUGGAGACGCAUGGGAGAUGGACCAAGCAUGAUGCUCAGGACGUUGAGGGGGCAGGAGGCUGAGUCUGAAGUGCAGCCACCCUGAGUCAAGGCCACGGCGUCUUAGAGAAUGUAAUUAACCAGGGCAUUUGCAGCAGGUGUAACCACAGUUGUGCCAUUGGGGUCAUGCGGUGAUGGAGCGAGCCCUGAGUUCAGCCCUGGGCAAAGACCCUGUGCCAGGAGAAUGGUGGAAUUCUGGAAUGAUCUGCUGUGCUCCAAACCCAAUGCCAAGCAAACCCUACACCAGCUACCCACACCUCUGGCUUCCUGGAAGAAGCUGCACUUCCUUUUAAAUGUUUAUUAUUUUAUUAUUAUUUUUUCAGAGCCAAGUCAGGGAGUUCCUCUCCCACAGACAAAUGUGAAUUCACGCAGCAUCCAGACCAAGGGUGUCUGUGGAGGAUGCGGAAAAUGUGCACGAAUGUGCAGGCCCCUGGCCCGGAGCGGGUCUCAGGAUGGCCGGCCCGUCCAGGCCUUCACCUCAUCUACCUGCCUCCAAGGGAGGGCACAAGCCCAUCAGGGGUUGAGUGGGUACUGUGUGCAUACACCCACAGCCACCUCCCCAAAGAACGGCACCUGUGUGCCCACACAGAAGAGGAUGUGCAGGGAGCCUGCCCCAAGGGGUACCAGGCAGUGGGCACCCUGCCUCGGUUUGGUUUUGCUCUGUAUCUGAUGGGCUGCCUAUUUUGCAUUCCUGAUUGACCAUGUGCUGUUUGGGGAAAGGUGUUGGAGGGCUUGAGUGCCCUGAUGCUCCCCAGAGCGGGUUUUGUUGCAAAGCUCCUGAUUUCCCCGGGCUUUGUGGUUGCUCCCGGCAUCGCCAAAAACCCCCACGGGUGAGAGAAGCGCUCCAGGUGGCCUUUGCUGUUGGACAAGUUUGGGCCACCCCCCUUCCCUCCACCACUACCCCAGGUUGGGCUCAGCUCUGCCUCCUGCCCAUCCGGAAAGCUAGCAGUGCUCAGGCCGAGGAAGUGAGGACACUCUGGGGCCAGGUGGAGGGACAGCAGGGUUCUGAGCUGAGCGGAUGCUUAUUUUUAGGAGCCUGUGGGCACUGCCACCCACGCUGGGUCUGCACGGGCCCCUGAGCUCCAUCUUCUGUGACAGUGGUUCAGAGCCACCCUCGCACCAGGGGGACCUAGCCUGGCAUUGCCGAGCUUUUCACAAAGGGUGCUCAAUGCUGCUCUGGUCCAGAGGGCACCAUACCCCAGUUCUCCUACACUGGCCUCCCUGGCCCCUCCCCCUCUCUCCCUCCCCUUCUCCUUUGGGUUUUCCAGGGAGGAGGUGGGUUGACAACCUGCUUCGGGAGCUGGAGCCAAUUCUGAAACAAGUCAGCAAUGAUAAGCCACAGACGUGUGUGUGCUGGAAGUGGGAUCUUUGUUGGCAAAGUGUGCGCCCAUCACCUUUGACUGUACUUGCAGAAACUUCUGUCGCUCAUGCAAGGGAACUUGGCACUGGAAACACAAACGCUUUUCUUGUCCCCAUGUAUGUCAUUAAAAUGGCCUUUGAGUUUAUUUCUUCAAGUUUGAUGAUAAAUGUUUAAAUAAUCAAGCUUAGAGACAUUUUUGACAUUGCUGCUUUUUCCUCUGGUGCAUUUCCCCUGCCGAAUUGAGUCUGCCCAUGCGUGUGAAGAAUUGCUCACUUUCUUCCAUCUUCAGGGCCUCGUUGCUUCCCCAUGGAGGGUGCCAUUUGCCCCGUUCAUGGUGCCUGACUCCCUCAGUGAUCCUGCACCCCACCAGGUUCUCCAAUGUCUUACUCACCUGCUACUUUUCAGUUCUAGCCAGAAUUGUCGGAAAUCUAGCUUUUGGAAAGUUUAGAUCUUGGUCAUUGGAAGACAGACACGUCCUGCACUGGCUCUGUCCAUCUUCAUCAAAGCCAAGAUCACUUCUUGGGGUUUGAGUGCAAGGCUGGGAUGGGGGUCUGGAGAGUGAAGAGUCCAGAGUGAGACCUCCAUGCUGUGAGCCGUCUGUGUGUGGGCUCUAUAGGCUUGAGUAAUCCCCCUCCAUCCUAGUCAGGUCUUUGGGGUCUGGGUUUCGGGGCUCUCAGGAACCCCAUUUUUAAGAUAGAAAGGUGGACAGCAGGAAACAUCAAGCCAUAGCCAGGUGGGAGGGGACUACAAGUGUCUGGGACCAGAGCUGUGGGCACCUGUAUCAGUCAGGGUUCUCCGGAGAAACAGAACCAGUAGGCUCUCUCUACCCAUCUCCAUCUCCAUCUUCUCCAUGAUCUCCAUCUUUUCCAUCUUCUCCAUGGUCUCCAUCAUCUCCAUCUUCUGCAUGAUCUCCAUCUUCUCUAUCAUCUUCUUCAUCAUCUCCGCCUUCUCUGUCAUCUCCAACUUCUCCAUCAUCUCCCACCUCUCCAUCAUCUCCAUCAUGUCCAUUAUCUCCAACCUGUCCAUCAUCUUCUUCAUGAUCUCCACCUUCUCCAUCAUCUCCAUCAUGUCCAUCAUCUCCAACUUCUCCAUCUUCUUCAUCAUCUCCAACUUUUCCAUCAUCUCCAUCUUCUCCAUGAUGUCCAUCUUCUCCAUGAUCUCCACCUUCUCCAUCAUCUCCGUCUUCUUCAUCAUCUCCAUCUUCUCCAUGAUUUUCCUGAUCUCCAUCUUCUCCAUCAUCUCCAUGAUCUCCAGCUUCUCCAUCAUCUCCAUCAUCUCUGUGAUCUCCAUCUUCAUCUUCUUCAUCAUCUCCAUCUCCAUCCCCAUAUCUCCAUCUAUCAGGAGAUUUAUUUUAAGGAAUUUGUUCACAUGAUUACAGGUGUUGGCAAGUCUGAAAUUCCUAGGACAGGCAGGAUUUGUGCUGCAGUCUUCAGGCAAGAAUUUCUUCUUCUCUGGGAAGCCUGAGUUUCUGCUCUUCAGGCCUUCAGCUGAUCGGUUGGGACCUACCCAUCCACCUUCUGGAGGCUCAUCUCCUGUACUGAAGUCAGCUGAUUGUAGGUGUUCACCACAACGACCAAAUAUUAUCUCAGCAACACCCAGAUUCAUGUUGGACUUAAUCCCUGGAGACUAUGGCCUGGCCAUGUGGACACAACACUGACCAGCACAGCAUCCCUCCAAGCUCCCAACAGGACUGGCGACUUUUGCUUGGAAGUUUGGUUUGGAUCAGUGGUUUCAGCCUAACCGAGGGGGUGGGCUUGCUACUAUCACAGGAAUACCAUGAAAUAAUUUGCAGCCUUAUGGGGAGGGGCCAGACUAAAAAUAGCAUGUGUUGGGCCUAGAGCUAGAUUUGCUCCGGCAGGCUGCCCCGGGCAAGGACUUAGCUCUUUCUCAGAAGUCGGAAGUGCCUUGACCCCAUGUUUAGUGCUAAGACAGAGGUGCCCUAGUUGUUCAAUUUUUAGCCUCAUUUAGAAUAGCUUUUUCAAAGGGUGAGUGACAGGGACUUAAACGACUGUCUUCCUUCUUCCUGUGCACUUCCCUCCAACCAGUUUCUCUAAGCCGAAGUCUGACCUUGUCACUACUAUAUUCAAAACACUUCAAAGGGCUUCCCGUGGCUUUUGGAAGACGGAGCUCCUACCUAUGGCAUGAGGUCCGUCCCCCAGCCCUGCUGGCUGCCCCUGCAUCUCGACCCACUUCCAUUGUAGCUCUGUGGCCUCCCGGAGUCCUUAGCACCUUGUCUUCCCUGGCCUCAGGGCCCUGGAAAGGGGCCCCUUUGUCUCCCUCACUCUGCCCCCCUAUCCCAUGUACUCAUUCCUGCCCCUUAACUCAAGAGCCCUCAUUUCCCCGUUGCAUGCCCUCACAGCAUUUCAUACCUGUCCUUGUCUGCAGGACAUCCAUGCUGUAAUUCAUAACUAAUUGCUGGGUGCGCGUUGAACCAGCACCUUUCCUGUUAGAUCAGGGGUUCUGGGCCCAGGCUCCAUGUUGGAAUCGCCUGGGGGGCUUCACAGCCCCCAUACCCAGGCUGCCUUCAGAACCUAGGGGGUAGGCCCCAGGGCAGCAGUCAUUUUGAAACUCCUUGGCUGGUUCCAGUAUGCACUCAAAGUUGGGAACCACUGUGCCACUCAAAGUGUGAUCCUUGGACCAGCAGCAGCAUCACGCAGGAGCUGGUUAGAGAUGCAAACUCAGGCCUGGCCCAGACCUGCUGACUCAGAACCUGCCCUUCAAUGAGAUCCCCAUGUAGCUGGCGGACAUGUGACAGUUUGAGGAGGGCUCUGGGUACCACCUGGGAGGCUGGACCCUGGCCUGUCUCUGGCACCAGCGUGGCAGUGGCUCACCACGCUCUCACUCAGCGAACCUGUGAAGCCUUUUCUCUUUUUUAAAGUGAAAAGCAGGUUUAUUAGGAAAGUAAAGGAAUAAAAGAAUGGCUACUCCAUAGGCAGAGCAGCGGCAUGGGCUACUCAACGGAGUAUACUUAUAGUUACUUCUUGAUUACAUGCUAAACAAGGGGUGGAUUAUUCAUGAGUUUUCUGGAAGAAGGGUGGGAAUUUCCCGGACCUGAGGGUUCCUCCCCUUUUUAGACCGUGCAAGGUAACUUCCUGAUGUUGCUAUGGCAUUUGUAAACUGUCAUGGUGCUGGCGGGGGUGUCUCUUAGCAGCUAACCCAUUAUAAUUAGCGCACAGUGAGCAGUGAGGAUGAAUGGAGUUCACUUUGAUCGCCAUCUUGGUUUUGGUGGGUUUUGGCUGGCUUCUUUACCGCAUCCUGUUUUAGCAGCUGGGACUUUGUGACCUGUAUCUCUUGACCUCCUGUCUCAUCCUGUGACUAAGAAUGCCUUAAUGUCCAGGGAAUGCAGUCCAGCAGGCCUCAGCCUCAUUCUGCCCAGCCCCUAUUCAAGAUGGAGUUGCUCUGGUUCAAACGCCGCUGACAUAUUCCCUCCUCCCUUUGACAAGGAGACCCUUAAUCCUAAGGGUUGAGAGGAAUGAAGAUCCACCUUCUGUAACCUCUCCGUGAGGACUUUUUAAACAACCCCUCAGAUUUCUCCUUUUGGAUCCCUUCCUUGCUGACCCGCUCCCUUGAGGGCCAGCCCACCUUCUCCAGUGGGCAGCCCACCCCUGGGGGCUCACACCCCUUCUUCAUGGGUGGAGAAGCUGGAGUUUCUGUUUUUCUCCUCCCCGCCUGGUUUCCCACCUCCGCAGUUUAGUUUAUUCCUAGAGAAUGUUGUCCUGAGCCAGGGAGGAGAAGGAGGCAUUGUCUUUCUCCAGCUGGUGAACGUGCCCGCCUGGCUCUGCUUUAGGCACCCUCCCCCCACCGGGCAGAUUCAGAGAGAAAAACUCCAAGUAGGAUGGAGAUUGGAGGCAGGUGAUGCCGGGGGGAGGGGAGGGGACAGAACAUUCCAGAGGAAGAUGGCAAGGCGGAAGGGGAGGUUUUUGAACACAGCUAGGCUUGAAUCAUCGCAUUGGAAAAUCCCAGAUGAGGUUCUCAGCAGCAAUCAUUCACGUCAAGUGGCCGCAGCUGUAGGAUGGAGAAGGCUUGUUAAAGGGACAGGUGCCUGUUCUUCCCGUGCUGGGGAAGUCAGGGUGAAAGCCUUGAAGGGCCUCUCUCCUUGCCUGGAGCCCCUCUGCAGACCAGAGAGUGUCUCCAGGGCCGUGGGCUCUGAGUGCUCAGCCUGGAAGCCCCUCCUCCAGGCUGCACGAGGUCCUGCAAGAUUGAAAGGCCUCAAAGCACGGCUGGGGACUGCAUAGCCCAGAGGCGUCCCACAGGUUGAAAUUCUGCCUCUGAGAAGCUAACAGUCUUCCCGUGGUCACCACUCCUCCCCAGCAGCCCCCUCCUUGCCAAGGACGGUCCAGAAGGAGCCCCACUGGGGCCUCCCCGCACAGCAAAGCAGACCUCACCUCCCACUACCAGCUUGAAGUCACAGCAGCCAGAGGAAAUUCUGCCACCAUUUUCCCAGGUCAGCGGCCCCUCCAGCUGGGAACCUGCUCCUGGAGUCAUCCC